GUGAGUCAGUCUUUCGUCCGGCGUUGUACGUUAUUUCUUAUUAUAUUCUUUUAAAAAAUUCAUCGCUGAAUUAGUACAAAUAAUGUAAAAUGGCCAUAAAUUUAGAAAAACAUCGAGAAGCCCUGGUAGCGGCAUGGAAGGAUGUACUGGACGAAAAAACCGACACCAACUGGGCUCUAUUUGGCUACGAUGGAUUGUCUAACGACCUGAAGUUUGUGAGCAAAGGUGACGGUGGGCUCACUGAGCUGAUAGAUGAUUUCAACAGUGGGAAGAUACAGUAUGCAUUCCUGAAAGUGGAUCUACCCGAUGGCACUAUAUCCAAAUAUUUACUUAUCAAUUGGCAGGGGGAAGGCGCGCCGACGGUACGUAAGGGUACAUGUGCAAACCACAUUCAGCACGUGGCUCAACUGUUCACUGGGUUCCAUCUGACGAUGCACGCGCGUACCGAGGAUGACCUCGAUGAGAAGGUUAUCCUUGACAAGCUGGCUAAGGCCGGAUCCGCUUUCAACUUCAAGAGCAGCCGGCAGGAGGAGAUACCCCCAAGUGGACCAGUGGGUACCACAUAUAGGAAAGUUAAUCCAGUUCAAGAAAUCAAUUCUAAAGAACGAGAUCAGUUCUGGUUGAAAGAAGAACAGGAGGAGAAAAAGAGAAUUGAAGCUGAGAAAAAGAGACGAGAAGAGGAGAAAAGAAAAGCAGAAGAAGAAGUAAGAAGGAGAGAUGAACUGGAAGCAGCAAGAAGAGCUAAAGCAGAGGAAGAAAAGUGCGGCGAAGGCGCGGGUGUGAGCGCGGGUGAGGCGCUGCGGCGGCAGAGGUCAGCGGAGGCGCGGCGUCUCAUCGGCGCCUCCACUGCCGCCGCCCGCGCACUGUUCCAGCAGAACCUGGCGCAGGGACAGAUAUCCACCAGAUCAAAUUCGAUACCCGAGAAGCCGGUACGCAGUUCAGUGAUAGCGCAACGUAUCAACACUUUCUCUCAGAACACAUCACCACAAAUCCCCACAUCGCCAAACAAAUCACCCACAAAAACCACACUCGAAGAACCUAAAGUCGAAGAUAACGAAAGCAAAACGAGUCCAUUAAAGAAUAUAGACAAGAUAAAAAUGAGUUUGGAAAGACCUUCUCAAAUACAAUACGAACCUAUAAUAGAUCCAUCUGUCGAUUUGAGUCCGAGUACGGAUAAUGAAGCUAAUUCCUUCAGUGCAAUAAAUUAUACGGAAUACAAUGAAAUAUACAAAGACGAUGUACUGAAGCAAAGUGAGCCGAUGAUCAAACAGAAUAUUCUUGAAAAUGACAUGUUUGACGCGUCAUAUUCCAGUUCAAAUGAAAAUGACGACGAUGACAGUGACAACAAGUUCAGUACUAUCAAACGGUCACCGUACACUAAGGAUGCUGAAGCUAGAUCUGAACUCAGUAGACAGAAUACUGUCAUUGAAAAUGUUCAUUACAAGAAAGAAAAUGGAACUACAACACUAGAUGAUGUGUCCCCUGAAGGUCUGGAGGAGGAGGGAAAUAUAUACGAGGACCUGGACGAUGACCCGGGUCUCACAGCACGAGCGCUUUACGAUUACCAAGCCGCGGACGAAUCAGAAAUAACAUUUGAUCCUGGUGAUAUAAUAACACAUAUUGAACAAAUAGACGCUGGUUGGUGGCAAGGAUUGGGACCUAGAGGUGUUUUUGGUCUCUUCCCUGCCAACUAUGUAGAACUAUUACCCUGCCAUCCACGUUAAUGUAAUCCAAGGUAACAAGUUAUUUGUAUUAUUCGUGUAUACAGUUUGAUUUGUAUGUAAUAUUUCAUUAUAUAAA